AUAUUGUGCAAGAUACUUUUUUAUGCUUAGUUUGCAAUCGCCUUAAACUUGCUCAAAGUUAGUAUGCAACUAGCUACGUGUGAGCUCGUACAAACCCGCUGUGUACCUCUCACAAAUUUAACACACUUUUUCUCGCUUCGAAACAUUUAUUUUCAUCGAGCAUUUGUUUUACACAUAUUUUUUGUUAUUUUUCACCAAUUUGUGUGAUUCCAGAAAAGUAAAAUAAAAAAAAGUUUUUCUAUCGAUAGAUAAAAACGAUAAAUUUGUGCAAAAACUGUAUUUAUGUGAAUAUUUGCGUGUGACAUUUUGAUAUUUUGCAAAAAUGAACCAUUUUUAAUGACAAAUUUAUUAAAGUUGGUUGUGCGUUAAUGAUAAACAUCUAACCGUGAAUGAAACGGAUUCAGAAAAUAUAGAAAGAAAAAAUAGUGUUUUAUUUACAUAGCAAACAGCACAAAAAGUAAUUAAAUUCAGUGAAUUAAAAUUAUUCGAAACGAAAGAAAACGAACGAUACAAAAAUGCUAACGGAUAUGACACCGACGGCAGGGCAAUUUUAUGGUUCACAAAUACCUUCAAUGGGAAUGAACAUUACAAAUAUUGCCAAUCAUAUGCAAAAGCCGACUAUGAGUAACGAUCAUUCAAACAUACGUGGUACACCGUUGGCUAUGUUGGCUGCUCAAUGUAAUAAAUUAUCGAGCAAAUCACCACCCCCAUUGGCUGAUGCUGCGAUUGGCAAAGGAUUUCAUCCUUGGAAAAAGAGUCCGGCCUCUCCAACAAUGGGACAACAUUCGCCAACAUUAAAUAAUGUUAAUUCAAUCGAUUCACAACGAAACUUAUCCACAACCGGAACAAUGGGAAACCUUACACACAGUCGUCCGGUGGUAUCGUCAUGUUCGAUGACCAAUUCAACGUCCCAAUAUGGAAAUGACAUGUAUUUUGCUGGUACACCAACGGCAACAAUUGCCGAACCGCAUAUGCACCAAGGUCUAUUGGGAAAAGUAGACAAUUCCACAAUAUAUUCACGGCAUCCGGCCUAUGAUUGGCCAUUUAAUGCGGCUGCUACACAUAAAACGGAAUCGGUAAAUUCUGGUUGGUGGGAUAUGCAUGGUACGGCUGGAAGUUGGUUGGAUAUGGGUAACGCUGCCGCAGCUGGUAUGCAUGCAACAAUGGCAAAUUAUGCAACCGGCACUGAAUAUUCAUCAUUUCCCCAUUCACUAUCGAAUACAGCCCAUUUGCUAAGCUCUGGUCAGCAUUUACUUCAAGAUACCUAUAAAAUCUUACCAUCACAAUCGGUUGGUGGUUUUACAUUGCCGCACACGGCAAAUACAGCACCGCCAACACCACAAGCACCAUCGCCACGAUCUCAACGACGUUAUUCGGGACGUGCAACAUGCGAUUGUCCCAAUUGUCAAGAGGCCGAACGCUUGGGACCGGCCGGUUUGCAUUUACGUAAGCGUAACAUUCACAGUUGCCAUAUACCUGGUUGCGGUAAAGUCUAUGGUAAAACAAGCCAUUUGAAGGCACAUUUACGCUGGCAUACAGGCGAACGUCCAUUUGUUUGUAAUUGGUUAUUUUGUGGCAAACGUUUUACACGAUCCGAUGAAUUGCAACGACACCUACGAACGCAUACCGGUGAAAAGCGAUUCGCAUGCCCAGUGUGUAAUAAACGUUUCAUGCGCAGCGAUCAUUUGGCAAAACAUGUUAAAACACACAAUGGUAAUAAUCCAUCGAAAAAAGGAUCAUCAGAAUCGUGCAGCGAUUCAGAAGAAGUGAAUCACAACGAUAACACACAUGGACAGCAACAACAGCAACAGCAACAGCAACAGCAACAACAACAACAACAAGCUCAUUUAGAUCAUCAGCAAGCACAACAAAAUCAAUCACACCCACAGCACAUGCAACAACAACAGCACCAUUCAAUGUCGAUGGUACAUCAAAUGCAUCACACAUCGAAUCCAUUAGACAACUCUGAUCAGCUAGACAUUAAGCCGGGUCUUGUCUGAGAUUUUGAUAAUGCUAACGAUAUCCUUUAUUUGCUUAGCUGAUGCAAUUAAAUAAACAUUUUUUUUUUCUUGAAAUGAAGAGGAGAGAACACACAAGAAAUGUAAACGCAUUGAAUGAAAAAUGGAAAGAAAAAAACGAUAGCUCGUUUUCCAUCUCCACCUCCCCCUUUCAUAUAAAAAACAUUUAAAAUAUUUUGAAAAUUGCACAUAGAAUGCGCUUGCAUGGAAACCUACCGUAAAAUGUACGAUUAGCUAUUAAUAUUAAUACACAUAUGGAAAUGAAGAAAAAUUGAAUGAAAACAAUGAAGAAAUAUUAAACAAAUACACACACACACAAAAGUCUCUACUAAUAGUGUAUGUUAAUUAAUUUACAUUUAAAAAAAAAAUUAUUUAGGUACUUCAUACAAUUUAAUCUGAAAUUAUUAUUAUAUAUUAUAAAAAAAGGCUAUCUAGUGAUGGAAUGCAUCGCAAUGAUUAUAAUCAAAUAACACACACACAGUGGAUACGAGCGAGGGAGUUACAAAUGUUGAAAGACAUAAUUCGUUCAUGGUGUAAAUUGGAAACAAGUACCAAAUUUAUUCGCUUGAAUAAUAAAUAAUACUAAAAUUAAAUAAAAUCACAUUUCUAAUGACAAAAAAAAGUAUCGAUGUUGUGUAAAGAUCAAUUCAAAUCGUUUAUUCAUUUCGAUCUAUACCAUAGCCAUUUAAAGGUGAAAAUGGAUAAAAAAACAUAUAUCUCUAAAGUACAAACAAAACUGGAACCUCAUUCUUGACUAGCUCGGUUGAUUUAUCGAAAAACUUUUUUCGUUUUGUCAUUUCUGCGCUUGAGAAAUUUGUGUAACAAAAAAAAUGCUUUGAUUUUUCGCAAAAAAAAUUGCCUGAAAUUUCAUGGGAAUGAUAGUUCAUUUGUGCAGUUUAUCGAAUGAAUAGCACAAUUUUGGCAUAUUAUGUAAUAAAAUUGCUUGAAAACAGUGAAAAAAGGUGUAUAAAACAAUGUGCAUGACACGGCAAAUUGGCAUUGACAGCGCAUGUCAUUUAAGUGGCAGUAAAGUGAUUAAAAAUUGUUUUGAUAAAGCAUAUUUGUCGUUUUGUUUAUAGUUUUUUUUUGUUCUUCAACAAGGAAGUAAAUUAUUCAAUUUAAAGCAUGUAAUUUUAUACAAAAUUGAACAUGAUUUUCCUCUCUAUUGCCUCAUAGACAACAUGGCUUUUGUGCGAUAAUAAAUAUUCGGCUUUGUAGCUUUCAUUGACAAAAAAAAUUACACAAAAAGAAGAUUUAAAAAUUACACAAAAAGUAUACCAAAAAUAAACUAUUCAUCAAACUAAACAAAUGUCUAAAAUUCUAUGUAAAAAACAAUUGGAUAAACGACCGAUGAGCGAAGCAAAAGAAAAUCAAAUUGAAUCAAAAAAAAUGAUGAGCCUUGCGAUGUGUGAAAUAGAUUUUUGAUUGGUGUAUUUUAACGAAAAUGAUUGGCAGACCCAACAGAGAAUGCGAAAAGAAGGCGUUCAAUUAGAUUAACUCUAAAUUAAACUUUAUGAAUCGAAUCUCAAUUUCUUCAAUUUUCAAAUUUUACUCUUGUUCUUUUUGUUCUUUGGCUGAAACAACUUACAAAUUGAAAACGCGCAUAAAGCUACAAUUUAAGAACAUUUAUAACAUUUAUAACUAUGACAUGUCAUAAAAGUAUUCUAGUAAAUUUAUGCAAACAUCCAAACAAAAAAAAAUUGAUUGUUAUUGCGGAAUCGAAUGGAAAAACACACAAAUAAAGAAAUAUUUUAGUUGUAAACGUUGUGCUGAAACUGAA